AUGUACUCCAGGUAUACCCGAUUUCCCUCGAACAUCCACUUCUACUGUUGUGGCAAUAUAGGCGGCGCAACUCCUAUAGCGCAUAGCGCCAACGUCUUCGAGAAGGUUGAAUCGGAGAUUCCCGAGCUCGUGGAAGAGAUUCACAAGCGGGGGUUGGGCAUGAAAAUGGUCUUCCGUGCCCCCGGAGAUGAGGCCAAAGUGAAUCCAUUCAACUGGGCCGGUGAGCACAGCUUCGGACAGGAGUUAUUGCCAGGUGACGACGAGGCGACGACGAGACAGAAAGUUGAGCAGCAAGUGAGAAAACUGACGCCAGACUUCAAAUGGAAAGACGAUGGGAGCCUCGAAUUGACGCAGCACAUUCCUGAUAUCCCAUGCAUCUAUGGAGGCGAGACACCGAUUCCCCGCCAACUCCUCGACAAAUUAAUCGAAGUGAUUGAUAAAGAGGAAAUCAACCUGGUAAUGGAAGAGGGCGACCUACUGUUUGUGGAUAACUUCCAAGUUUCCCAUGGGCGACAGCCAUGGGAGGGAGACAGGUUGGUCUUGGUUUCAAUGUGGGACACUGAAUCCCCAAUCGGUGUGUUUGAUGAUACCGAACUGGCUAUGGCUAGUGAAUGGGAAGUCACACUUGGAUUCGUCACUAGAAUGCUGCGAUCAGGUUCCCGUAUAUAA